AAGCCUAUUUUCUCAGCUUUAGGUCUUUGCCUUGUCACGGUGUGUGGAUCCAAUGUCGGGGCGGUGUGCUCGGAUUCAUUAAACUGAUUGAAUCUCCAUUAGACUACACCAUGUAUUGAUUAGUCGGACACCUGAACAUAUUGUUUACGGGCAGACAAAUUAUCCUAUGUGUAACCAGCCGUCAGUGCAGUGUUCAUCAGGGGAAGAAAAAAAAAAUAACUACAGUAGUUAAUACUGAGAAGUUUCAAAUCAGAUAAGAGUGAGUUCAGAAAACAAUGACUACUUGCCUUGAUCGGCAGUGACAUUGGCCCAUGAACUCAAUGGAUUCAUCUAGUUGUAGUAAGUAACGUGCACUGACAACUAUGGAUGACAUAGAGAAGCGAGUGCUGAGCCAGAUGCGGUCAAGGCUGGUCAAGGAAGUGGUAGUGACUGAGAGCUUCCUCUGUGCCUUUUGUGACAAUAACAUAUUGGAUGACCAGAUGACACGGCUACUUAAGACGGAAACCAACUAUGAAAGUAGAGCUUCCAAGUUGUUGGACAUGCUGCCCAGUAGAGGGUCGAGAGCCUUCAAUACACUGAUGGAGAUUCUAGAGAUUACCAACCCCUGGCUAUCAGAGAAAAUGAAAUCAGCGUUACAUGACGAAAGAAACAAGGAUGCCAAAAUUAAUUUGCAUCCAAGCGUGUCACAAAGUGCCUCCAUAGAAGGUUAUGGUCAGAACAGACUUCACAUAGACACAGACGUGAAAGAAAGAGCUAUGAGAUUUGUUAAGACCAAUUUGAACCACUUAUCAGACAUUGAGCAAAGAGGUGUUGAAAAAUGGCUGGCAGAUGAGCUGCAGAGAGAAAGAAGAAGACAGCAGUUUAGAGCCCCACACAACAUACCACGCAACCCUAGUGACUUUCAUGCCAGCAAAGAAUGUCAGACUGACACCAGCAACAUGGACCUAAUAGAGUUGUAUGAAGAAAUGAGCAUCUAUUUACACGGAGUGGACUACGUACAGAUCAAUGUGGACUUUAGCUUCAAGAAACUCAGUCACAAGAUCACAGAGCUCUUAACAAGAACCAGAAAACUGGACGCCCUAUUUCUUAACUGUAUAGAGAAGUUUGAUGACCCUGACAAAUAUUCUAUACCCCUGCCAGAACUUAUUGACAGGGCCAUAAGUAAAGAAAGAAGUCUGAGCCAAGUAAACAACGACGACAAAAGACUGAUUCAGAAGUUUUCUGAAGAACGUGAUAUGGCUAGACGUCAAGUGAAAAGACUUGAAGAAGAGCUAGACAAAGUUUUGCAAAGACAGUUGCCCACAAAUAAGCCUCAGGAAAUUCAACUUAGAAAUAGACAGAAUAUUAAUGUUCGAUACUCUUUACUGUUGCCUGACUCAUCUCAACAGCAGCAACAAGUUACGACUGAAAAUUCCAAGACGGAGACAAGUGAAGCAAUGUCUAUUCCUAUAACACAGUCUUACAAUACUUCAGCCGCUGAUAACAACAACUAUCAAAAUGGCGGACUUCCAUCAAACUAUGUCAAACCAGUUAAUAUUGUGCAGGUGGCUGGUGACACUAAAAACAACUCAAUUCCAAAUAACAACGGGAAUGUUCCUGGCAGACCUUACAUGAACCAAUCAAACAGUCAUGAAAAUAAUUACAUUAAAUCGAAUGCGGUGAAUACAGAUAGUUCUUAUCGCAAUGGUAUGGUUCAACACUAUAUAAAUACUAACUAUAUGGUGAAAGAGGAACCUUCGGAAGUGAGUCUAGAGAUCCCAAGAGGCAAGCUAAGAAGACAUGCAAGUGAAGAAAGUUUAAAGAUUGCACUAAGUAAAGAAGACACUGAGACAGUAAGCAUGUCUUAUCUACACAACGAUCAACAGACCGCUGCAUUACGGGGAAGACGAAAAAGCCAAGACGGCCCAAGCAACAUCUACACCCCUCAACAAAACAACGAGGCAGGGCAGAAACAACAGCUCGUGAAAAACACAAGAAAUGAUAUUCAAAAUAAAAUGUUAAGGAUGCUUUCUGGAGUUAGCAAAAGUAACAUUCAGAAAGUUAGACGAUCUGAAUCAGAAAAGGCCGUUAGCACGCACGGAGUGAAAGUCUUAAAUCCUGGAAAAAACCAAGACAGCGGAACAGUUUUCAAAGGAAAUCCCAGCUUACGUUCAAGCUACGACAAUUUAGCUGCGAUGAGUAAGAGGGUGGAAUCAAAUAUCCCCGAAUAUGAAACCAAAAUUUAUAGUAAUGUAAAUACUAAAAAUCCUUAUCGUUUUCUUUCACAAAACCAUUCAGAAAGAGUUGUCCACCAACAGCCACCAAAUGGACAACAAAUGUCACCGUCAGCACAGAGAGGCGCACACGAGAGCCGCCAAGAACGUUUUCAGCAACUUCAGUACCAAAUGUUGCAGAACAGAGCAGGGGGCCUUAUUUACGAAGAAGUAGUGAAUGAAGCUCGCAGCUAUCCGAGACAACAAGUAGGGUCUUCCAACACUCUUGAACACAAAACGACACUCAUUUAUCCACGUGACUAUGAUAUCUCACAGCAUCAAUAUCCAACCCGAGCAGGCAGCCUAGAACGCCAGUCUAUACAUAACUCUGUGUACGGGCCUAGACCACCAAGUCGCAAAAGUUCCAGGGAUAAUUCAGACAUUGACUAUUCCUCGGAUUCUGAAGUAAUCAACUCUAGCAUAAGGAAGACAACCUCGAGCCCUGACCGCGCUAAAGGGAGAGUAAGAUUUGCUUCCCCUGUGUCGCGAUCAUCCAAACCUAAUAGAAAAAUCCAUGGAAAAAGUAAGCCAACGCAUUACCAGUCGGACACCAUGAGUGCCUCAAUGAGAAAAAUUAAAAAGACUUAAGAGAAUUAAAAAGCAUUAAAAAGAUAAUGCUAAAUGUGUAGCGUGUAAUAUAAUGUACAUGAUUAAUUCUGCAGCUUUUAUUUUAAACUAAAAGUGUCAAAUGUUAAUGAAAGCGUUAAAUUAGAAGUAGAAAAAUAAUUUGCAACGAAAUUUCAUACUCAUUUCUUCAUCUAGUUGUUCUUGACACUGUAUGUCACAAUAAUUAAUUUCCACUAUGAGUAAAUUUAUGGGCAUUUUAAUCUCAUUGAUAUAAUAAAAGUCUUUCAAAUCGACAUACUAACUAAAUCCUUAUUCGAUUGUUAUCCUGAAUGUAAACCAAGGUGUAAAUCUAUCAAAACAACUGAAUAAUCAAUAGUAAGCAGAGUCGUACAAAUUCAUUCCUAAUAUAGAUCCUUGAAUUUUUUAAAUACAUUUAUUUACUUGUUUUCACUGUUAAUCAAAUGAUACAAGUUUAAAACCACAAAGGUUUUAAUACUUUUUUUUAUUAACAUUUAACAUUCUUGAUGUUGUCACAAAGUCAAGAAAUUUAUAUUAAGAGAUACAGAGAGAGAGAAAAAGAGAGAGAGAGAGUUAUUUGAAUGGCUCAAUGUUUGUAAUUUUUAAAAAUAUUUAACGAGUCGUGCCAUAUUGAAACGUUGAUACUUAAGUUUGCUUCGAUAUUGUAAUUUUACUUUAGCAUUAAUGUUCAAGAAACCAUUUCUAUUUUUAAAAGAAUAACGUCAUCAAUUGUUUUGUUUCUAUGCCAAUCUUGCUUUUUUUUCCCCCUAAAUUAUACAAUUCAAUCUUUAAUCUGCUCGUCUUUAUUCAUUUAUUUUAUGUAAUAAAAAAAAAACACUUAGAAUCUAAAUCUGUGUGCGAUAAAUAGCAAAACGGCUCUAUAGUUAGCAACGUCAAUAGCAAUGCAUCUAAAUAUUUAUCUUCAAUGUCAAUUACACUAUUUCGGAUCCAGUGUUUGCUGUCAUUCUCUUCUAUAUGAGAUUUUUUCUAGACUUCCUCUUCCGUUUCCAACGGUAUCUUUGUGAAACAUUUUUAUUUCUGCCUGUCAGUGAUCAAUUCUAAAUACAGAAAUAAACUUGAUGUGAAUUCCUAACCUAGCGAAAUACAAACAAGCUCAACCUUCACACUAACGUUGGCGUGUUUGAAAAUACUGUCUCAACAGUUUCCAUGAUUUAAUACUUUUUAAAUUGUAAAAUAUGUAUGUAAUGUGAAUAUUAUAAACACGCAAUCAAAAGUAAAUAAAUAAAAAUCAUAAAAAUCU